AUGACUGCCGACGAGGUCUCGCUUCCCUACCAGCCCAUCUCGCCUGGAUCCCUCCUCUACCGCUUCGUCAACGGCGACAACGUGUUUCACAAUUCUAGGUUUAAGAUCGUGAACAGGAUGGUCAAGGGGUCGUGUAUUGUGAAGGCGGCGGUGGGGGAGAACUAUCUGGAGAUUGAUGUCGACAUUGAGAGCUCAGCGAUAGCGAAUGUGGUGUUGCAUCUGGCUCUUGGGUACGUGACGGUGGUCAUGAUCGAUAUGCGGUUUGUUGUGGAGGCGCAGGAGGAGGAGGAGCUGCCCGAGAGAUUGAUUGGGGCGGUGAGGAUCGCGCAGAUGGAGUUGAGCUCUGCGACUUUUUUAGAGACCCCAGUGGCGGCGCCGAAGGCGGCGGUGGCGGGAAAGGGGACUGCGAAGGUGAAUGACGGGAGAGAUUGA